CCUUCCUCCUCCUCCGUCGCCGCCCGAAUCCUCCAAAUCUCCACCGUGGGGGCUCCGCCAGUUAAAUCGAAUUACUUGAAAACCUCUCGUCGAACCCUCAUUCGCAAAAGGAGGCGUACGUGGCGGAGGUCUUUGAUCGGUGGCGGAGCCGAUGACGGCGAAGACGAUGGCUUCUUUGGCAACGGCAAUGAUGUUGGUGGUCCUUUCGGUGGCGGCGACGGCGGUGGUUGGAAUUUCGAUAGGUUUGGGUGGUCAAAUUGGGACGAAUCGUCCUCUUUUUUUGACCCUGCUUUUGAUUUUGUAUACGAGGUGAUCAGUUGGAUUGCGCUCUCUAAUUGCUUGCACUUUGCGUUGAAAAAGGUUCUGAGAAUUCUCGCAGAUGGGAUGGGCGAUCAGGCGAGAGAGACUCCAGUCUGCUAAUUUGGUAAUGUUGUAUCUCAUUCCCCUAAAAUAGCAUUCGUUUAUAAAAUGAUGGAAAUUCAGGAUUACAAUUUGAUGUAAAUAAUGUAAAUUAUAGCUAUUUAAAGAUUUCUAUAUAUUAUAAUCUGUUACUUUAAUUGGUUGGUUUGUAUAUACUUAUACAAUUUUA